AUGUCUGCCACAGCUCCUCUUCAUCCUAUCAUUCUUUGGGCACAACGAUACAAUUGUGUAUUUCUUACAGUCAAUCUUUCUGACGUAAAGGACGAGACUUUGGUAAUUACACCUGAGAGUUUCGAAUUCAAAGGUAAAGUUGACGGUGAAACACCAAAGGACUAUGCCGUAAAAUUUGACUUCUAUGCUGAAGUAGAUCCUGAGAAAAAAACUCGAAGCUCUUCUGGUCAAGUUAUCUGUAUGUGCAUUGAAAAAAAAGACCCCGCUAACUGGCCACGUCUUUUGAAGGAUACAAAAAAGCAACCUUGGCUUAAAACCGACUUCAACAAAUGGAAGGACCUGGAUGGGUCAGAAUCAGAUGAAGAUAAUGGUCUUGGCGGUCUUGGUGGUUUCGGUGGUGGGAAUGGAAACAUUGAGCAAAUGCUCUCAAUGAUGGAUAAUAAAGGUCUUGAUGACUUAGACGAUGAUGAUGAUGACGGAAAUGAAGCUGAUGAUGAUUCUGACGAUGAUGACCUCCCGGAUCUUGAGGAGCCUGAAAAAGUUGCCAAGGCUGAACCGGAGGAAGGUGAAACGGAAAUAAAGGCAUAA